UGCCAUCACUAUUAUAAUUAAUGUAAUACAAUUAUAUAGUCAAGAUAUAAUAAAGAAACAUAAAGAAUUAUCGACUUCUGCUCGUAUUCAGUAAAAAAUGUGAUAUCAUCAGCAGGACACUUCAGACAUUUUACUACUCAAAUCAGAUAAUUGACUCAAAAUAAUCAGGAUUGCCAUACACCCGGCUUAUCUAGACAGUCGAUUCUUCAUACAGUUAGCUUAUCACAGAAUUUUGCUUCUUAGAAAAGCGAGCUCCAGAUAAGCGAAAACAAACAGGGCCUUCGCAAUUCCAAUAAAAUCAGCAGAUGCCACCGCCGGAGAAGCAGAAGCAGCAGCUCGCCCGCCUCUGCGACCUUGUUGCCGCCUCCCUUCUCCCCCAUCUCGUAAGCAAGCAAGCAACCAUCGCCACCACGACACCUCAUGCGGGAGGACGAGCGGUGCCUCCUCAUUGCACUCUCCAGGGUAAACAAGGCAAUUCAAGGAUGGAACCAGCAGGAGGAGGAGGAGGAGGAGGAGGAGGAGGAGGAGCAGCAGCAAUAGUGUGAAUCCGAUCAGAAAAUUGCUUCAUGCCCUGGAGAAGGCCAUAGUUGCUGUUUACCACCUGGGCAGCAGCCAUACGAUGGAUUUGGCUGCCUGGAAAAUAUGGUCUCCAUACUGGUUGGUGUCCUUGGUUUCUGCACCUGCAGUGACUAUGCCAAACACUCAGCUGGCAAUAUCCUGGUUUCCAUAUCCAGUGCCCUAAUUAAGUUUGAAUCUAUUUGGAUUCAGUUUAUUGAGCUUGUCUGGGUAGCUAUACAUGCAGCAUCAAAAUGUGUCCGUAGGUGUUUGGAUGCAACCCUGGCUGAGGCAGCUCCAGCCAGACAGUGCCGUGAGCUGCAGGUGUCUGAAAUCGGACACCUGGGAGCGCUGCCUGGACCAGGCAAGCUCUCCAUGGCGCAAAGCAAACAGUCCCAUAAUGCUGUAUCUUCUACAACUGACUCCAACAGCCACAACGUUACUUGUUCAAGCACCAGCAUCACAAGCUUCAUGACAGUACUUGACCAGUGUGGUUUCAAUAUCAGUGGGCAAAUAAUGCCCAGUCUCUUUCAAGUGUUACAUGCUAUCUUAAAGUUCCUUAAACACAGUGACAGUGAAUUGAAAGAUAACUUCAUUUGUCUAUCCGUUCAUCAUAUUCAGAACAUGCCUUGGGUUACUUUCCAUCAAUUACAUACUGGAGAACUUGCCAACUGUAUCAAGGAUAGCGGAUUUGGCUUCUGUAAUGAUUCAACACAGUCCGGAAUCCUGACAGGCAGUCUUCUCCAGCUACUGUGUUCGUUACUUGAGCAAAGUUACCUGGAAGGUACAGAUAGACAAGAUAUGUAUGUGAAACUCGUGGAUAUAAUUCCCAAGAUAGUAGCUUCCUUACAGGAGCAACAUGAUGGCCCCGAAAGCCUUCAUCAGUACUUAAAGCACAAAUUUCUGAUGGUAAUGAUGCGGCUAAAGCCUUACAUGCAGCAACAUUGCUCACAUAUUGUUUGUUGUUUAAAAUUACUUCGGCAGUACUUUCAUGACCUUAUUCAUGAACCUAUCUCGCAACAUAUUGCUAAACUAGAUAGUUGUUUAGAAGGAUCUCCUUUUUUGUUGAAUAUGGUGGGUUUAGUUGAGAAUCAGGAUAAGUCAACCCGGCACUUGCAAAGGCAAGCUAUUUAUUUGUUCCUUAGUUGUUCCAUAUGUUUGUCUUACAACAGAAAUGAUGGCACAGUUAAAUGUUCAUGCAAGAGGAAUGAUUGUUUCUUGGGCCACAAAGUGCAAGGCUGCAGUGAUCACUGCAGUUGUGUUGGCUUAUCAGAAAUUUCAGACUGGUUUCAGAGGUGUUACUUAGACAUGAGUUUUGAUUCAAAAUCAUCAACAGAUUUUGCCUUAUCCUUUCUGGAAUUGUAUAUGGAGGAGGAUGACAUGCUAUUCAGUAUUCUCUUACAGCUUUUAGAUGCUCCACACGUUUUCCUGAAAAUAGACAUGGAAACUACUGAACUGAUUGGUGCAAAACUGUUCUCAAGUAUUUUUGACCCAAUUCAUCUUUUCCAUCUAUUGCUUUUGCUGUUGCACUAUGAUCACAUGGUACUAGUUGACUACCUCAUAUCUAAAGAUGUUGGUGUGCAUUGUGCUCAAUAUCUCUUAAGGUGCCUAUGCUUGGUUUUGCAGUCUUGGCAUGCUUUUGUACAUGAUUCUGUUUACUUGACAAAAAUAGAAAAACUUGACUGUAAAAGGCAGAGGACCUCCAGGGAUAUAAAUAAUGCUGGAGCCAGCUCAAGUAAAGAGUAUAAGAAUGGUUCUGGUUGUGAUAAAGAAGGCAAGAAUUCACAGAAGCUUUUCCUCAAUGCUAAAGUAUGUCUUUAUUCAUUAAAGAGAACAGUGGAAGAUCUGCAAAAGAAGGGUUUGUUCCCUUACAAUCCGAAGCCUCUCCUUAGAAGCCUGGCCAGGUUUGAGCAGCUGUGUGAGCAGGGAUGAAAUUUGAGUUACAUACGGUGAGGACCUACUAAUUUUAGUAAUCAUCAGAUAGUUCUUCAGUGAUGACUUGAUUUGGUUCGAUUUAUAUAUUUGGUAAAAGGGAAGUGUAAAUGCAUCUUCCCAUCCAUGAAUUGAUCUAGCACUUGGAGAUGGAGCAUUUCAGAAAUUGCUAAGGUGUGGAAUGAUGCACGCAGAAAGAUGGACACAGGAGAGAUGCAUGGUUGCAUGAGGUAGAAUUUGACCCAUGACUUCAGAAGACCACAAUUUUGUCACUGUGAAGUCUUUAAAAUAGGCGAGUGGUACAUCAUAAGAUCCACAUGAUGUAUGCACCUUUGGAUUGCAUAAAUCUUGAUGAUUAUAAACUGAAGGGAAAUGUUCUGAAGUCAGCUGGAUAUAACGAAAGCAUGAGCAUGGGUUAUCUGGAGGAAGCUGGUAGUGUUUCAUCUGUGGGGGCUGGUAGCAUAUCAUCUGGAGGAAGCUGGACAAUUGCAGACCAUGAAAGACACUAUUUAGGGUUUCACCUAAUUGAAAACUGGAGAUUCAGUGGGGUUGCACAAAUAUAAACAGUCGAAAAUGCACAAAUCAUUGGUCUUACAAACACCGAUAUGAUGAUAACGUAUACGUUGCCUUUUCGCGAAAAAGGCAUUUGCCUGUAAAACUUAGUAGAUUUCCAAUUUAUUGUUUCAUAAGCUUUUCAAGACAUUGUUUCACCCUAUGCAAGACAGAUUUAUCCCCCAAAACAGGGGCAAAUCUUAUGGGCAUCUCCUACAUGCUAGCAUUAUCUAACUGAUUGCAACAUUAAGUAAACAAAUAUCUGGAGUUAUUGGGAUUA